AUGAUGGAAUAUGCGAACAGGACCACGGUGAAAGAAUUUAUUCUUCUGGCUUUUUCUGACUUCUACCAGUUCCAGAUUGUGCUUUUCUUUACAAUCCUUUUGAUGUAUAUUAUAUGCAUCACCGGGAACCUUGCCAUUAUUGUCUUAAUCAAGAUGGAGCCCUCCUUCAAUACACCAAUGUAUUUCUUUAUAAGCAUGUUUGCGGCCCUUGAAAUCUCCUUUGUGUCCGUCACUAUCCCAAAACUUUUAGUUAACCUCAUCGUAAACGAUAAAGCCAUAUCGUUCGUUGGCUGCUUUGUACAAUUGUACGCCUUUAAUGCGUUAGGCGUAACCGAAUGCUAUCUACUAGCAGUUAUGGCCUUAGAUCGAGACUUGGCCAUCAACAACCCAUUACGCUACAGAGCUAUUAUGAGCCACAAAUUGUGCGUUGAGCUGGCAUUUUUUCCAUGGAUCAUAAGUUUUGUUAUUGCCUUAAUUCCUACAGUUUUAACAGCUGACCUAAAUUUCUGCGGACCAAACAAGGUCAACCAUUUCUUCUGUGACUUGGCUCCAUUGCAGAACCUGGCGUGUUCCAACGCCUUUGUCAGUAGCGUGGUCACUAGCGUUGCCGCAUUUUUUGCCAGCCUCACGCCUUUCGUUUUUAUAUUAGGAUUCUAUAUUCAUAUUAUCGUGACAAUCUCUGCAAUUAAGAGUAUAGAGGGGAAAAAAAAGGCCUUCUCCACUUGCUCAUCCCAUCUCAUUGUGGCCAGUAUGUUCUAUGGUAGUGUUAUCGUUGUAUACAUCAAACCAAGCGGCAGCCAGUAUGACAAAUUCCUUGCGCUUAUGUACACAAUCGUCAUUCCGACUCUCAAUCCCUUUAUUUAUACGUUGAGAAACAAAGACGUUAAAAAAGCUCUUAGAAACCCAAACCUGGUCAAGAAAUUUGCACGCUCUUAA